CCGCCGGCGCCCGCGCGCCCGCGGCCUGGGAGGCGCAGCCGGGCCCCGGGGGGGCCGCGCUGUGAGCGCCCCGGUCUAGGCCGCCGCGGCCGCGCAGGACACAGGCCGCGCUCGCCGCCUUCCUCGCGCGCGCGGCCCCGCCUCGGCUCGCUCCGCACCGCCGGCCGCCAUGGCCUCGGCCGCCCGGGAGGGCGCGGGCUCGGGGCGCGGGCGGCACCGGGCGCUUCGCGGGCUGCUGCUGCUCUGCCUCUGGCUGCCGAGCGGCCGCGCGGCCGGCCCGCCCUCCCCGCCGCUGUCCGCGCUGCGCGCCCAGCUCUCGGACGUGGAGCAGCUGCUGGAGGAGUUCCGGCGGCAGCUGCAGCAGGAGCGGCCGCAGGAGGAGCUGGAGCUGGAGCUGCGCGCCGGCGGCCGCCCCCCGGAGGGCUGCCCGGGCCCGGGCGGCGGCGGCUACAGCGCCAGGCCGAACGCCAUCAUCCGCACCCGGGACUCCCUGGCGGCCGGCGCCAGCUUCCUGAGGGCGCCCGCGGCCGUGCGCGACUGGCGGCAGUGCGUGGCGGCCUGCUGCGCCGAGCCGCGCUGCUCCGUGGCCGUGGUGGAGCUGCCCCGGCGGCCCGCGGCCCCGGCCGCCGCGCUGGGCUGCUACCUCUUCAACUGCACGGCGCGCGGCCGCAGCGUCUGCACCUUCGCGCUGCACCGCGGCUACAGCAGCUACAGCCUCAGCCGCGCCCCGGACGGCGGGCACGGGGGCCUGGAGGCCGGCGCCGCGGCCACCGCCCCGGCCUCGCCUCGCCUGGAAAAGGACGAGCCUCCACUUAGCAAGGCCGGGCAGGAUGUGGUUUUGCAUCUGCCCGCAGAUGGGGUGAUUUUGGAUGGCCGCGAGAGCACAGAUGACCACGCCAUCAUCCAGUAUGAGUGGACACUGCUGCAGGGUGACCCUUCAAUGGACAUGAAGGUGCCUCAGUCAGGAACCCUGAAGCUGUCCCACUUACGGGAAGGAGUGUACACCUUUCAGCUCACUGUGACGGACACUGCUGGGCAGAGAAGCUCCGACAACGUCUCGGUGACAGUGCUUCCCAUGGACUUUUCCACGGGAGGAUGCUUGAACGUUUGCUCACGCCACCACUUCUUUUGUGACGAUGGCUGUUGCAUUGAUAUCGCGCUGGCUUGUGAUGGAGUGGGGCAGUGUCCUGAUGGGUCUGAUGAAGCUUUCUGUCAACACUUGAGCCUUGACCAGAAGAUGGGGACCCACACAACUACUGUCCAGCCUAGAACCACAGGACCAAAUGAAGAUACCAGGGGGGGCUCCUUGUUGGAGAAGUCCCAGAAAGACACUGCCGCAAACCAGCCCCCUGCGUUGUCAAACACGGAGAAGAGGAAUCAUUCCGCCUUCUGGGGACCAGAGAGUCAGAUUGAUCCCAGGAUGCCAGACAGUAGUUCCUCAGGGAAGAACAGAAAAAAGGAAGAUUAUAUUUUUGAGUCAAAGAGUGAUCGAGGAGGAGGGGAACACCCAGCCCCCGAAGCAGGUGCAGUGCUCCCCCUGGCCCUGGGUUUGGCCAUCACCGCUUUGCUGCUUCUCAUGGUUGCCUGCCGGCUCCGACUGGUGAAACAGAAACUGAAAAAAGCUCGUCCCAUUACAUCUGAGGAGUCUGACUACCUCAUAAAUGGGAUGUAUCUAUAAUAAGUGUAAUUUAAAUAGCUGGGGGCAAGGACAUGUUUCACUUAUAAUUUAUACAUAUAUUGGGUUCUGGAUAUUGACAACCUCUUUUGUUUUUAACUGGGCUAAGAAAACUACUGAAAGCCUAGAAGAUUCUGCAAAUCUCAAACCUUUGUCUUUAUCAUGGAAAGAUUUUCCUUGGGAAGUAUGUGAAAUAUUUUGAAAUUUAGAGAGGAGUCCAUAUGAUUAAAGUCUUUCACAAAUCUAAUUCUAAUUAAGCUGUCCCUGAAAAUGGAAAUGUGUAGUUAGCCAAGGCAGAAAAUUCAGGAAGUGUCCUUAGAACGGCAAUGUUGACCCAUUACUUUUCAGAAGCCCACGUGGGCCCCUGGCAACCUUGGGCCCCCCUGUGCACAGCUUUCCCUGGUUCUGUGGGUUCUCUUCCUCACUUUAAGCUUCCAAUGCUCUCCUUCCUCUUCGCCCCUUCAAAACCUGCUUCUGAGAACGGAUCUCAAGUGAGUUUAUACCUCCAAUGAGAUGUUGUUACCUGUGGCAGGAAUAUCUAGAUUAUAAACCUUACGAGAGUCAGUGAGGCCUCAGGGAAGGUGCAAGUGGGUUCUUCUACAUCAUGUCAUGUAGAUGGCUGCCUCAUUAGGCUGACCUUUGGGAGGAAAAACCCAGACUUUGGGUUGCAGAUAGCUCUAACAUGGUCAUGAAGUGAGACAGGAAAUCAAGGUGGAGGCAGAGAGCCUGGCAGCUCAAACAUGUUAACGGAAACUUAGCUGAGGGCAAAGUGAGCCAGGAGGACCAUUAGUUCUUUCUUGUGUCUGCUCAGCACUACCUGACGGUCCAGGACACAGCAGCUCAUGUGUAGAGUCCCUGGUUUUCAGCGUUAGUCUGUGCUGAUGGGAGAGCAAAAUGCAUUCAAAUUGAAAAGCAGAACAUGGAGUGGAUUUCUGGUUAUAGCUUUUGUGAAAAAUGUCACAUGUUUAAGUAUCUGCAGGUUCUUUUAUCCAAUGGAAUGAGUCACUUUUCCCCACUAUUUACUUAAUGCUAUACAACGGUAUGAUGUGCAAUCAGCUAACGCCAGGCUUAUGUAUUCCCAGAGCAUAAAGCAGUUUUGCACAAAUUCAUCUUUAGAGAAAACCGGCAUCUAGCUGAGCAUCUUUUCCCUUUUAAUCUGUAGGAUUUUAAAAGCAAAUUAUUCCCAUCACCACUUAAUGCCGGCAUUUUAACACAUUCUAGAAAUUACUGAGAGGAAUGGAUAGUGCGGUGCCUGUCUACACCCACAUGAUGUUCCUAUUUACAUAAUAUAGUUUUUUACCAUAAGUGGCAAAUCUUUUAAAAUACUUGAAAACACUCUAGAACCCUUUCAGACCCUUUCUCUUUCAGAGAACCAACCCCUCAGAACCUGAAGUAGGUUGUUCAUUUAGCAAAGGGCUUAAUUUGGGUUGGAGAUACAACUGAAUGCAUUAACAAAUGGAAAGUUAGUUCUAGAAAAACAAAGAAAUUUGUUGUUUUAUUUCCUGAGAAACUCAAGCAUUUUGCUGAAUGUUUAGAAUUGAGCAGAUUUAAAUGUCUCCUCAAUGGCGUUUUGAAGGAUGACUGUGUGAGUGAACUCAUGGUGUUUGUGCUCUGUCUGUGAUGCUGGGCAGUUUGUUUUUAUAUGGAAGGAUGGCGCCUACAGCCACACCCAACAAAAUCAAAACCGAUGAGGCAUGCAUCUUUCAAUACAUCUUUUAUACACAAGGAAAUUAAACAACUUAGUAUUGCUAUGGUGUUCAAAUACUUGAGAAGAGAUGUCUCGUAUCUGUGUGUACAAUAUUCCGUUAAUAAAUUGUAUUUUAUUCUUAAA